GUCCCUGGAUGAGAAGGAGCUGACAGCAGCCGAGUCCCACCUUCUCUGUGUGCUGGGGAGCGGGGCCUCACAGCCCAAGUGGCAGGCAUGCCUAAGAACAGCAAGGUGACACAGCGUGAGCACAGUGGUGAGCAUGUUACCGAGUCAGUGGCCGACCUGCUGGCCCUCGAGGAGCCUGUGGACUAUAAGCAGAGUGUGCUGAAUGUGGCCGGGGAGGCAGGCGGCAAGCAGAAGGUUGUGGAGGAGGAACUGGAUGCAGAGGACCGGCCAGCCUGGAACAGCAAGCUGCAGUACAUCCUGGCCCAGAUCGGCUUCUCUGUGGGCCUCGGCAACAUCUGGAGGUUCCCCUACCUGUGCCAGAAAAAUGGAGGAGGUGCCUACCUGGUGCCCUACCUGGUGCUGCUGAUCAUCAUUGGGAUCCCACUUUUCUUCCUGGAGUUGGCCGUGGGCCAGAGGAUCCGCCGCGGCAGCAUCGGCGUGUGGCACUACGUGUGCCCCCGCCUGGGUGGCAUCGGCUUCUCCAGCUGUAUUGUCUGCCUCUUCGUGGGGCUGUAUUAUAAUGUGAUCAUUGGGUGGAGCAUCUUCUACUUCUUCAAGUCCUUUCAAUACCCGCUGCCCUGGAGUGAAUGUCCUGUCAUAAGGAAUGGGACCGUGGCAGUGGUGGAGGCAGAGUGUGAAAAGAGCUCAGCCACCACCUACUUCUGGUACCGAGAGGCCUUAGACAUCUCUGAUUCCAUCUCGGAGAGCGGGGGCCUCAACUGGAAGAUGACCUUGUGCCUUCUCGUGGCCUGGAGCAUUGUGGGCAUGGCUGUCGUCAAAGGCAUCCAGUCCUCAGGGAAGGUGAUGUAUUUCAGCUCCCUCUUUCCCUACGUGGUGCUGGCCUGCUUCCUGGUCCGGGGGCUGCUGCUGAGAGGGGCAGUUGAUGGCAUCUUACAUAUGUUCACUCCCAAGCUGGACAAGAUGCUGGACCCCCAGGUGUGGCGGGAGGCAGCUACACAGGUCUUCUUCGCCCUGGGGCUGGGCUUUGGUGGCGUCAUUGCCUUCUCCAGCUACAACAAGCAGGACAACAACUGCCACUUUGACGCUGCCCUGGUGUCCUUCAUCAACUUCUUCACCUCAGUGCUGGCCACCCUCGUGGUGUUUGCUGUGCUGGGCUUCAAGGCCAACAUCAUGAAUGAGAAGUGUGUGGUCGAGAAUGCUGAGAAAAUCCUGGGGUACCUCAACACCAACGUCCUAAGCCGGGACCUCAUCCCACCCCACGUCAACUUCUCCCACCUGACCACGAAGGACUACAUGGAGAUGUACAAUGUCAUUAUGACUGUGAAGGAGGAUGGCUUCUCAGCCCUGGGUCUUGACCCCUGCCUUCUGGAGGAUGAACUGAACAAGUCAGUGCAGGGCACAGGCCUGGCCUUCAUCGCCUUCACCGAGGCCAUGACGCACUUCCCUGCCUCCCCGUUCUGGUCCGUCAUGUUCUUCCUGAUGCUCAUCAACCUGGGCCUGGGCAGUAUGAUCGGCACCAUGGCGGGCAUCACCACGCCCAUCAUUGACACCUUCAAGGUGCCCAAGGAGAUGUUCACAGUGGGCUGCUGUGUCUUUGCAUUCUUCGUGGGGCUGUUGUUCGUCCAGCGCUCUGGAAACUACUUUGUCACCAUGUUUGAUGAUUAUUCGGCUACCCUACCACUCACCGUCAUCGUCAUCCUUGAGAACAUCGCUGUGGCUUGGAUCUAUGGAACCAAGAAGUUCAUGCAGGAGCUGACAGAGAUGCUGGGCUUCCGACCUUAUCGCUUCUAUUACUACAUGUGGAAGUUCGUGUCUCCACUGUGCAUGGCUGUGCUCACUACUGCCAGCAUCAUCCAGCUGGGGGUCACACCCCCGGGCUACAGUGCCUGGAUCAAGGAAGAGGCUGCCGAGCGCUACCUGUAUUUCCCCAACUGGGCCAUGGCCAUCCUGAUCACCCUCAUCGCUGUGGCAACCCUGCCCAUUCCUGUGGUGUUCAUCCUGCGGCACUUCCACCUGCUCUCCGACGGCUCCAACACUCUCUCGGUGUCCUACAAGAAGGGCCGCAUGAUGAAGGACAUCUCUAACCUGGAGGAGAACGACGAGACUCGCUUCAUCCUCAGCAAAGUGCCCAGCGAGGCGCCCUCCCCCAUGCCCACUCACCGCUCCUACCUGGGACCCGGCAGCACGUCACCCCUGGAAACCAGCGGCAACCCCAACGGACGCUAUGGGAGUGGCUAUCUCCUGGCCAGCACCCCUGAGUCGGAGCUGUGACCACUGCCCUGACCCCACAUGCCUCUCCCCCAUACCCAACCUGCCCACUUGUCCAGGCCUGGCCUCUUCCUCCACAGUGGCCCCUGAGCCCAGGCCAGGCCCUUUGCCCAAGGAGAAAGGGUCUGCCUUGCCUCAUUCUCCACUUAAGUUCCAGCAGACCUUGUUCCCUCAGCUUGAACAGGGGCAGUAGCAGCUCUGUCCCCCAGUCAGGCCCCCAACCCAACUAUCCCUCUGAGAGCCUCUCACCAGACUACAGCUGCGUAAUCGGAACACCACAGAAGUCCUGAUUCCCAGGGCAGGGAGACUCCAAGUGGCCACUGUAGGAGUCACUCAGCCCUCCCUCUCUCCCUAUGACUUGCCACCUGCAGUUCUUAGGGCUCAGGGGU